AUGUCCGAGGACCCGUCACCCCCGUUUGGCGGGCCCAACAUGGCUAAUGGCACCUCCUCUCCACACGACCAACUCCGCCUAGAGGCUGCGCGAAAACGACUGAAGAGUGAACGAUUUACGAGCGAGAACGAGUCCCCCCUCGAUGCCCAAAUCCGACGCUUGACGGAAGAAUUGGAGGAAUUGAAGAAACAAAGACAAGUCGCAGAGUUGCAGGAACAGAUAUGGGCAGAACAGCACCUGUUGGAAGCUUCUCGCAACCGCUUGAGCGUCGCAGCUGCCUCGGCCUCCCCGAUGAGCAAUAGCCCAGCUCCAGUUCCAGCUCCAGUUCCAGCUUCAGUUCCAGCUCCAGUUCCAGCUACAGCUCUAGCUCUAGCUUCAGCUUUGGUGUCAGCUCCGUCUACAUCUACGGCCAUUGCACCUAGCCCUCAAGUAGUGAGCCACCCUCCUCAAACCACGCAGGCGGUAGCGAAGCCGUCAGUCGUGCCGAAUAACGUACCCGUAGCUGCCUCGCCAAACGUUAAGCAACCCUUUGUCGCGCCUCAGCCCGCUGCUGUUCAACAACCUCAGAAAUCACCUCUCGUUCUGAACGGGAAUGGCCUGACUCAGGGUCAGGCUGUCUCGAGUCCUUCCGCCGGCAAUGGCGUGACCAAUGCGACACCUUCGCGGCCACCAAGCGCGGUCCCGACAUCGCUUCCCGUCGCCUCGAAGCAGCAACUGCAGCAGCAGAGGCAACAACAGCUGAAGGAGCAGCUGCAGAAGGAACAACAGCGGAAGCAGCAGGAGCAGCAGGAACAACAGCGGAAGCAGCAGGAGCAGCAGGAACAACAGCGGGAGCAGCAGGAGCAGCAGCAGCAGGAGCAGCAGCAGCAGGAGCAGCAGCAGCAGCAGCAGCAGCAGCAGCAGCAGGAGCAGGAGCGCCCAUGGUUUAAACGUCCAUGUACGCCAGGUGCCCCUGCGGAUUCCACACUAAGACAGUUGCCGCCAUAUCAAGGACGGACCCGGGAAGAGUACGCAAGUUUCAUUGCUGCUCUCGAAGCCCACUUUUCCCGGGCACCCCAAUACUAUAGCAAAGAGCGGGAAUACCGAAAAGUCAAGCUUGGCCUCCAACACCUUGGCCCUGCUCCGCGGGCUAGUUGGCAUGCCCUCACUGAACACCCCGAAACCUGGCACAAUUUCCGCAUUUUCCUAUUCAAGGUGGUGGUGCGAAAUCUAAAGCCUAUCGAUCAAGCUCGACAGGCGAACACAACUCAACCAGCAGCGCCGAAAGUCGAGACGGCUCAGACCCCAGCUGCGCAGCAACCCCCGCCGGCUCCAAGCAGUAUGCCAAAAGUUCAACCCGGUCAACCAGCCCAGCAGUCUCCGCAAGCCCAGCGUAACGGUUCUCUGUCGCAUGGGCCACUGCCAUCAGCUAGUCCUAAUCUCAAAGCCAAGACGGCCAUCGCUACAUACGUCAAUUGCCAACAAAGUCCGAAAGAGACAAUCCAAGCAUUCUCGACACGUCUGCAAGCGACAUCGUCCUUCAAUGCGGAACUCAGUCUCCAUGAUCGGAUGGGCUUUUUGAAAAAGGGGGUUGUGUCGCCCAUUCGGAACCGGGCGCAUCGCCCAUUUCCCUACUUCAAAACUUAUGACGAGUACGUCGUUUACCUGCAGGAUAUCGAGGACACCCUGCCGCAGCGACAGAUCGAGCUUGAAGGGGAGCAACCUCCGCAGACGAAUGCUUCUAAAUGGGUCCCCGUUGCCUGGAACGGAAAUUCCAAUCAUCAGACUACCCAGCAAGGACCCGGUGCCCCUAGGGGGCACUCGCCUGAUUGUACAGCAAAACCCCCGAGCAAUGUUCCGCCGCAGGCUUCCAAGGCAUUCGCUCACUCCUCACCACCCCGACCAAAGAAUGGCCCGGCGUCUCCAACGGCGCGUAAGUCAAUGCCGCGCAGGAUGUCGUCGCCAGCCCCACCUGACCCAAAAAUCAAACCUACCGAUGGCAGAGACUGGUGGGCAUGCCGGAAUUAUAUCGGCGGCCUGGAGGCACACUUCCGAAAUCACCCUCGAUACUUCACCGACGAGGAGCGCAAGGUAGCCCUCGCUCGGCGCUAUAUUUGCCCUAGUCUGAAUGAAAAAUGGGUCGCCUUCGCCCGCAAACGUCCACAGAUAACAUGGUUUGACGUCUGCGUCUUCAUCAUCAACCAAUCCGCGCAGUCUUUCACACCCGAGUCAGCAGUCUCCCGCUAUCUUCGCUGCUCUCAAAUGCCCAACCAGAAAAUUCGAGAAUUUGCCCUCUGGGUCCAGCAAUUUGCGCCACAUUACCAGAGGCCCGGAUGGGACGAACUCAGACACUUAUACGAUCGCAUCAUGCCUUAUAUCAAAACGAGGGCGCGGAAAGAUUACAAAGACUUUUCCUCCUUGGCUGCCAUGGUGGCGUACCUGGAAGCCGUUGAGAGCACUCACCCUAAUAGACCAAAGGACAUCGCUCCGGACAAUGCACGGCAAUCAGUACCACGAAAGCGAAGUCGGGAAGAUUGA